CUCAUUCACCAAAUAUGCGUCUUGUGUUUAGUAUUAAAGAACAGUUACGAAGACAUCAACAGAGAACUGGGAGAAUUGUGCAGUGUGCCACUGAAGUCUGAACGAGCGUUACGAUUGACAUCAUUGAUGGACGACCAUUGGUAUCUUGAAAAUUAUAUGGAGCACAUGUCCAAUACCUUUGGCCCCGAGUUACUAUUUAUAAUAUUGGACAUAUACAUUCAAUUAGUGUUGGCCAUGUAUGUAUUUAUAUGGACCAAUAUUGUUCACAAUCAGCAUGCGACUUUCUACACAUACUUUUACGCAACCUUGCAGAUAGGAAUAAUAGUGGGAAAUUUGAUUUACUUAUGUUAUCGAAGCAGUUCUACUAUGAAAGAGAGCGGACGCGUAAUUUCUCAACUACAGUAUUUGAGAGAUAAAUUAUACGAUGAUCCCAAGUGUCAAGCUAUUCUGAAAAUAUUCACACUGCGAGUCAAUUGCCGGCAAGUUAAUUUUGCUGUUUUGAAGCUAUUUAAUAUAAACCUUUCAUUAUGUAUUGUUUCAGCAGGCUACGUGCUAACAUACUUUUUGGUGCUUAUUCAAUUUCAAAUGGAAGGUUAUAAACGUACACUCAGAGAAAUGAAUAUUAGUGCUAUCAUUCUAAAAAAUUGUAAAGUAUGGCCAUGUAUUACCGAUGAUGAUUAG